GCUAUUGUUACUUCGUUUUCUGCGCUUUUUUUCGCUGUACUGUUUUAUAACUUAACUUUCUAGUGUUUUGUGCACAGUCUCAACAGUCCAGCUAGCUAUAGUAGUCGAGCAUUGAUCUAUAAAUACAGAAUGCUUGCAAUAAGACGUUUAUACCCCAAGCUUAAUAUACCGUUUUCUCAUCGCUGUUUAUCGGUAACUACACGUCAAUCAAGUGUCGCAUUAAACAGCUUGAGGAAUCAACUAGACGUUGAGUUGGAAGCUAUACGUGAAGCUGGGCUGUGGAAGACUGAACGAGUGAUAACAACUAAACAGGGUUCAAACAUUGGUGUUGAAAACACUGAGGGAAAGAUCUUGAACUUUUGCGCAAACAACUAUCUUGGCCUUUCAAGCAACCCAAAGGUUAUUCAAGCGGGAAUUGAAGCCUUGGAUGAAUUUGGGGCGGGUCUUAGCUCAGUGAGGUUUAUCUGUGGUACUCAAACCAUUCAUAAAAAGUUGGAGAAACAAAUUGCUGAGUUCCAUAAACGUGAGGAUGCGAUCUUGUACGCAAGCUGCUUUGAUGCAAACGCAGGAAUAUUUGAAACCUUGCUUUCUAAUGAAGAUGCCGUUUUAUCGGAUGAGUUAAACCAUGCUUCCAUCAUAGAUGGGAUACGAUUGUGUAAAGCUAACAAAUAUCGGUUCAAACAUCUAGACAUGGUGGACUUGGAGGAAAAACUUAAAGAUUCACAGAAAUUCCGAAACCGUCUCAUAGUCACUGAUGGUGUUUUCUCCAUGGAUGGAGAUGUCGCCCCACUGCCUGCUAUCUGUGAUCUGGCUGAUAAAUACAAUGCUCUUGUGUUCAUUGAUGAAUGCCAUGCCACUGGAUUCCUGGGCAAAACUGGAAGAGGUACCGAUGAGUUACUCGGGGUAAUGAGUCGUGUUGCAAUUAUCAAUUCAACGCUUGGUAAAGCAUUGGGAGGAGCUGCGGGUGGCUACACCACUGGUCCUCAACAAGUGAUUGACUUGUUGCGUAACCGAUCCCGUCCUUUCUUGUUCUCCAACAGUUUGCCCCCCCCAGUGGUAGCAUGUGCAAGCAAAGUAUUUGAAAUGCUGAGUGAAGAUUCUUCAUUUGUGGCUGAUAUUCAAAACAAGACAACACAUUUCCGUGAGCAAAUGACAAAAGCAGGCUUUAAAAUCGCUGGUGAUAAUCAUCCAAUUUGCCCCAUUAUGUUGGGUGAUGCUAAACUGGCAAUGAACAUGGCUGAUGAUCUGCUUAAACAAGGUAUCUUUGUCAUUGGGUUCAGUUACCCUGUUGUUGCGAUCGGAAAAUCUCGGAUCAGGGUUCAAAUCUCAGCCUCGCAUUCCAUGGAAGAUAUAAACCGAGCAAUCAACGCUUUUGUGGCUGUGGGGAAGUCUUACAAGGUUAUUCCAUAGAAUUUGCAUCACUAAUCCAACUGUACCGUGCAUUACUGUGGGGUAAGAUGGGUACUCUUAAUCUUUUAAAUCGUUUUUAGCUCCAACAUUUUGAAGUCAUACAACAUUUUGUAUCAAAUGUUUAAUUUUACCGUGCACUACUGUGGGGUAAGAUGGAUACUGGUAAUCCUAAUCUUUUAAGGUCAUUCCAUACAAUUAAAAUCGUUUUUAGCUACAAUCUUCCAUCUGCCAUUUGGCAAGACUUUAAAUAUCCGUCAAACUUUAAUUAAGUCUCGCCGAUUGGCGAACGAAACAUUACAAUUAAUGUUUUUUUACCAGAGGAGCCUAAAAGAUCUAUCUUAAGUUAUGCCAGUUAGCAGAAGUGACAUUAAUUUUGUGUUAUUAAAUCAUACUUCCUUUGUAUUAUACAUAUUUCUAAUGUAGUUAUCAAAACAUGUUUUGCUUUGCCCAUUAUUUAUGUUAUGUUGACAAUUAAUCAACUUUGUUUACUUUUAAGCACGACUUAAUUUCUGUAAUGCUUGCCAGCACUUAAUGCAUAUAUUUGUUGUUACACGUACUACCAAAUAUUAACAACUGUGGAUUUUCAUCAAUUGAGAUUAUUUUGUAUAAAACACAAAUUACACAAUGUUUUUAUUUAUAUUUCCUGACAUAUAUUACACAUUACAGUAUUAUUUAUGUGAGAUUCUGUCACUUAUAAUGCAUUUGAGAAGCACUUAGAUUUAAAAUUUAUAUUUAAGAUUCAUUCGCAUUUAUAAAGUUUUAAUGCAUUUAAGAAGCACUUGUUAAAUUUUAUAUUAAACGACACUCCUGUUUUCUAUGUACAUAAUGGUCCAGUAUUAAGCUUAUUUCCUUUACUUAAAACCUAACCUGUUAAUAUUGUGUUGUACAAAUGACGUACUGCCGUGUCAACAAUGUGUGUUUGUUACGUACUAAAGUUGUCAUCGUUGCACUUAUUAUUACCACCAAGAGAUUUAACUUGAAUUACCUUCGCAUGGUUGUUGUUGUUGUUGUAUGUGUAGAUUAUCUCUGAUCGUGUACUUACAUUUGCUCAUUAAUAAUAAACAUAUAUGGCUUUGGUGUGAACGACAGAAA